AUGUAUGCCCACCUCCACCUCUGCCAUGCAAGCAUUCAUACCACGCUCCUCGAUCUCCGCGACAGAUACUGGCUGCUCAAGGGACGACAAACUGUUAAACGCGUACUUCGUCAGUGCCUGCGGUGCCGCCGCACGAGACUUCGUCCAGAAUCCGCGCCUGUCGCCCCACUACCUCGCGAGCGGAUAACACCGACCACCGCCUUCGACGUCACUGGCGUGGACUUCUGCGGUCCGCUGUAUGUCCGAGUCAGCUCAAGCGCCUCAUCUAAAGCAUACGCGGCCCUCUUUACGUGUGCGGUGACUCGAGCAAUUCACCUCGAGCUCGUCACAAAUAUGACCGCCCCGGCUUUUCUUCUCGCUUUCCUCCGUUUCGUCGCCCGACGCGGUGUUCCAUCACUUGUAUACUCCGACAACGCCCGCACGUUCCACCGAUGCGCUCACCUCCUCACUCUCCUGUCCACGGAACCCGUCCAAGAUUUCGCCAGCAAUCUUCGCAUCACUUGGAGGUUUAACCCCCCUUCCGCCCCCUGGUGGGGUGGGUGGUGGGAGCGCAUGAUCCGCAUGGUGAAAUCAUCCCUAAGACUGACCCUCGGCCAUAGUCGCAAGACAUUCGAAGAACUGGUCACCAUCCUUCACGAAGUCGAAGCGGCCGUAAACAGCAGACCCCUCACUAGCAUAUCCACGGAUCCUCAAGAGGUGCUCCCUCUAACCCCGUCUCAUUUCCUCGUCGGGAGUCGUAUUGCCAGGCUGCCGCUUCUCGAGAACGUCCAGCAACAGAGCACGCCCUUGACGUUACGCAGACGGAGCGAACGACGCCAGCAAGCCAUUGAAGUGUUCUGGAAGCGCUGGAAAAGGGAAUAUCUCCUCCAGCUCCGUUCUGCGCACCAAGGUGCUGGCGGAUCUCCUACAGCUCUGAAGCCUGGUGAUCUUGUCAUCGUUGAAGACGACCGCCUCCCACCAUUGUUGUGGAAAACCGCCAUCGUUGUAGCCACACACCCGGGGCGCGACGGGAUCGCCCGGAGCUUCACUAUAAGACUCGCAAACGGAAGAGAAACGUCACGUCCUGCUCAGCGUCUGUACCUGCUAGAGGCCCACGAGGACACCACUGCCGCCCCCGGGAGGAUGUUGGGAAUCGACGAGGACGUUUCUGCCCACGCGAGUACCGAAAGAGAAGGUGGGAUCGCGAGCCAGGCACUCGGGCCUGUACCUUCGUUCAGGCAGUUUGGAUCCGCCCCUCUGGAAUAA